CUGUUCAGACCUCUUAUUUCAUUUGACGGAAUCGUGUCGAGUGGAUAUUCAUAAUAAAUUCACUGACGUGAGCUUCUAUGUGUUGUAAUUUACAUACAUACUUAUAUUGUGCUAAAGAAACAAGAAUCAGAUUUUGCAUAUUCUAUGUGAUUUGGCAAUACAAAUAUCGUGAAUAAAUCGUCUUUUAAAGUACAUCUCUGUUAACAAUCUUCCGAAUAAAAUUUAAUAUCACUUGUUUUAGGAAAUUAAGGUGCAUAAAAAGAAAUAAAAUUGACGGUAAAAGCCUACUACCAACUUGUAAAACAAUUGUUACGCAUGUCAUCGCACGGCCUUGCUUACACAACAAGAAUUGAAAGAAAGUCUUAUAGAGAACAACAAAUCAAUAGAGAUCAAUAUUUUGUAACUGCGCCAAAUGAAGAAGAUUUGGUUAUGAGUUUAUCUCCAAAGGACAUACUUAUACAUACUGCCAUUUCCCAGCACCAUCAAGUGGAUACUUCUACUAAAUUAAAUACAAACGAAACAUCGACACAAAAUACCGUAUCUACAGCAGCCGCGGCAGCGGUUGCACAUCACCACCACAACCUUUCUAGUAUUCACCACCUCCAAAAUCUGCAUAGUCAGCAUCAGAGUACUUUAUUCAAUAGUAAUCACUCAACACCCUUUAGCGUGACCGAUAUCUUAAGUCCAAUUGAAGAAUCGUAUCGCAAACUGGAACUGAACGGAAAUCCACCAUCUCCGUUUCGGUCAAACUCUAGUAGCAGCAGUAUUAAUUCUCCUGGAACACUAACUACAUCAACUAUGGCGAAUCCGUACGCUAUGGGAACCCUAUAUCAUAGCCCAGGUGUUCAGACCUAUUGCGGACCUACCGAUAACCUCUCUCUGGCUGGUCACUACACUGACAUGAGAAAUUCCGCAUCAUGGUACGGAUCAACAGCUAACGACCCAAGAUUUGCAAUAUCACGUCUAAUGAGUUCAUCAGCCAGUGGAACAAUGAGCCAUAUGGGAAAUAUGAGUGGACUAGCAGCUUGCAGUGUAAGCGAUACAAAACCGCUACAGUUUCCUUUAGCCCAAAGAAGAAAGCGAAGAGUUUUGUUUACACAAGCCCAGGUGUAUGAACUUGAAAGAAGAUUUAAGCAGCAGAGAUAUCUUUCAGCACCAGAACGAGAACACUUGGCUAGUCUUAUUCACUUAACCCCAACGCAGGUGAAAAUUUGGUUCCAAAAUCACAGGUACAAAUGUAAAAGACAAGCGAAAGAAAAGGCAAUGGCUGAACAAAAUCAACACAAUCAGCCUGCAAGCUCACCAAGGCGAGUUGCUGUUCCUGUACUUGUAAAAGACGGUAAACCGUGCUCUGGAAAUAACAGUUCAAGUCAAUCGCAACAGCAUGGAACCAAUUCGACGUCAGCAGGCAAUAAUACCGGUUCAGCAAAUAGUGGAAAUGCCAAUAGUGGAAUAGUUUCGGUAACUGCAAAUGUUUCGAGUGGUCUCAAUCUUAUAACAGGAGACGCUCCCAACUCCCACUCACCGGACACAUCGUCAUCUUUACUAGCUAGUUAUGGGACUGUUGGAGGUUCUAACGUUGCUAUGUUACAGCAACCUUGCAAUAAUACUUUGAUGUCGAAUAGCUUGGCAAUGGCAUACAGAAACCAAAAUAACUUUAUUUCUAAUGGACAUCAACAGCAAUGUGGCGGUUACCUGCCCUUACAAGGCCGGGCAUGGUAAACAUGGAAAAAAAAUCGAUUUUUACCUAAGUGUACUCCAUUCGGUUAUGUAAGUGAGAUAUAUACAAUUUAAAAAAUGUUAUAUCGGAAAUUAGAUUCAUAAAAUGAAAAAUGAGUAUUUGUAGUAUAGACCUAUCGAAACGUCAAUAGUAAAAAAAUUAUAUAAGCAAAUGCUCAAAUAAUAAAUGUAUUUGUAAGUGUAAAUAAAUAGACCAAUG